AUGAAUUCACCAUUAUUCUCCCCACAACAGUUAACCAGUCGUGUUACAAGUCCAAAUCUCAUUGCUGCUGGUACAAAUGAUAAUAUUAUCAACAACCCCUUAUUACCACAUUUACCAGAAAAACCAAUUGCAUCAACAAGUUCUUUACAAGUUUAUAUAAUUCCAACAGAAUCAAACUUAUUUGUGCAAGGAUUUGAACCUCAAGAAUAUUUAUCAAGACCUCCAACUUUAUUAAGAGGUUGUUUAUAUAUCAGGAUUUUAAAACCAUGUAAAUUAAAAUCAAUUGUACUAAAUUUUAAAGGAAUACAAAAAACUGAUUGGCCAGAAGGUAUUCCACCCAAGAAACAAAUAUAUCUUGAAUCUAAUCUGAUCAUAUCUCAUACUUGGCCCUUUUAUCAAGCAAGUAAUGCCCCAACUCCAAACAAUGGUGCUGAUGUUUAUGUUGAACCAACAACUACAACAGGUAUUACUCGAAAACAUGCAUUAAGUGCGCCCAAUUUAGAAGAUUUACCUAGAUCAAGAAUAAAUUUAUCAGAUGCUAGUUUAACUACCCCAACAACCCCAACUGAAUCACUUAACGAAAGAAGCAGCGGUGGGAACUUUUUCACUCGAAAUUUAUCACCAUCAUUUAUGCGUCGUGGUAAUAGAUCACCUACAAUUUCCGCAUUUGAUAGUGAACUUAGUUCUGUCAUAUCUCCAAUCGCUGGUGAUCCAUCAUCACUGGGAUAUUUUGCUCCUGGUGAUUACAUAUAUAAUUUUGAACAUCCUAUUCCUGCAUCAAUUCCAGAAUCAUGUAAUGUAACUUAUGGAAAUGUUGAAUAUGAUUUAUCAGUUACAAUUACUCGUCCAGGGACUUUUAAAACUAAUCUUUUUGGGAAAUUACCAAUUGAAAUAAUUAGAAUUCCUUCUGAUUCAAAUAUGGAAGAAAAUGAAUCAAUUGUGAUUACUAGAGAUUGGGAAGAUCAAUUAAGAUAUGAUAUUGUUAUUGGAUCAAAAGCAAUUAUAUUGGAUCUGUAUUUACCAUUAGCAUUUAGAUUUAUCCCAUUAUUUGGAAAAGUUGCUUUACAUCGAGUUCGAGUUUAUUUAACUGAAACCUUGGAAUAUUUUUGUAGUAAUAAGAAAGUUCAUCGUAUGGAACCAACUAAAAAAUUCUUAUUAUUAGAACAUAAAGCUCAAAAGGGGAAAUCAUUACUUUCCCAGGAACAUCAUCAUGAUCAUAAUGGAGAUGAUGAAAAUGAAAAUAAUUUUGAAGAUGAUAUCCUUCCAAAAGAAUUAGAAUUUCAAUUAUAUGUUCCUCGUGAAUUAGAUUCAAAGAAUAAAUUACAUUGUGUCAUUCAUCCCGAUACUUCAUUUGAAAAUAUUCAAGCUCAUCAUUGGUUAAAGAUUUGUUUAAGAAUUUCUAAACUUGACCCAGAAAACCCGGCAAAGAGAAAACAUUAUGAAAUUUCAAUUGAUUCCCCAUUGAAAGUAUUAUCACCCCAUGCAGCUCAUGGAAAUACAUUAUUACCAGCAUAUGAUGACUUCAUUCCCAACUACAACGCUGCGGCUACCGCCACCACCGCCACCACCACCCAAACAACCCCAAUUGACACAGCCGUACCACCAGUCCAAAAUGGUCUUUUAUCAGUCAUAUCAAACCUUUCACGAAACCCAAGUUCAAACCACCUCGAUGAAUUAGUAAACGACUACCCUCCGCCACCAAUUGAAUUCCAUCACAUAUCAACCACUACCGAUUUAGACGGAGUAAUCGAUUCCCAUGUGGAUAUGCAUCUAGAUUCAAAUCUCUAUGCGCCAAAAUCUCCGGAUAUAAUCCAAUCCAUAAAUUCACCGCAAGCAUUACCCCAUCCCGGAACAUUCACAUCUCCAGGCGGCAGGGUGAUGACUCCAAUAGGACAACCAAGAGCGAUUCAUUUAUUGAGAAAUCCAAGUAUAAACCCCCCAGCAUUCGAUGCUGACAUUCCACCACCUCCAAUGGAGGACUUACCUCCCCCAGCGUAUGAUUUGGAAGAAGAGAUAAGUUUGUCGCCGUUGAGAAUUGAUGAGAGUCCAAGUAUUUUAGAUCGGAUUAGUGGUGAUAGUAGUCUGGGAAGUAAUAAUAAUAAUAAUGGAGUUCCUGGUGAUGGUAGUAGUAAUAAUGUGAAUAGGAAUAAUGUGCCCGAGAUUAGGGUUAGUACUAGUAAUCCAGUCAAGGAAUUAUUAAUGAAUGUAUCCCCAUCCCAACAACAACAACAACAAAAUAACAGUGAAGGUUGUGCGAGUUCAAAUCUCGAACAAUCAACUUCAACAGCAUCGUCCAGACAUGACAGCGAGGGGGAUAUAACCGACUAUCCUGGCUCUCCGAUCAACCCACCCGUGAUGCCAAUAAACAAAUCAAGAACAUCCUCAAUUGGAUCUUCCGCACAAUUAGGCACGAGUACUGCUGGUGGUGAUAGUGAUCUUCCAUUCGAUCAAACGGUUCCAUUAUUAGAUUUGACCAAUCAAGAGACACCCCAAACUGGUGAAAGUCAGGAUACGAGAGAAUCAUUGGGACUGAUAAUGUAUGAUUUGAGUUAUGUUCAUCCCAAUUUGAAUGAAAGUGAAACUACAGGGGCUGGUCCUUUUCGGAUCCAUGAUUUGAAUUUAUCUAAUUUAAGGAAUCCCAGGAUUAAGAAACAUUAUCAGGAUCAACAACCGUUUCUUGCUGAAGAUGCGGAAAUAGAAGAAGCAGCGGGUGAAAAUAAUCAUCAAAAUGAAUCUGAUGCUGGAUCGGAAGAAGAACUGCAAGAACAAGAGGAUAGUAGUAGUAGUGAUGCUGGGUCAGAGGAAGAAAGGUAUAGACAAAGAAGUUUUGGAGUGGUGAAUAAUAAUAAUGACGAGGAUGGUGCUUUACGGAAUAGUGGCCGUAGUGGUUCUUCUUCUUCUAAUAAAGAGAUUCCUCAACAGAGUCAAGUCCCCGGGUUUAAAAUUGGAUAUGUAAUGCAUUGA